AAAGGUGUUCCAAGGUGUUUUCGUUGUCGGUCAGAACAUGGUAUAAAUGAUUUCGUUCGAAAAUGAGGGUGGACCCCCAAUGGGGUACGUGUGGCAACCAUAGAAUCAGCUGUUUAUCAGCUGUUUGAAAAAUGACUUUUUUCUUCAACUGUCGAUAAAAACAAACUUUUAGGGAUUUAAUAAAUUUAAAGAUAUUAAAAGAAACCACAAAUGACAAUAGCACGCAGCAUUUUGUUAAUACAAAGCAUUGGUAUACAUGCGAGGUCGCAUCGUUUUUAUAGCAGCGCAAAGUUGCGAAACAUUGGUAUUUUAGCACAUAUCGAUGCAGGUAAAACAACCACCACAGAGCGUAUGCUCUUCUACGCUGGGAAGACACGCACCCUGGGCGAAGUGCAUCGCGGGAACACUGUUACAGAUUACCUAACGCAGGAGCGUGAGCGCGGUAUAACGAUAUGCAGCUCGGCGGUCGCUUUCAACUGGCGUGGACACAAAAUAAAUCUUUUAGACACCCCGGGUCAUAUAGACUUCACAAUGGAAGUGGAGCAGUCGCUGCACGCUGUGGACGGUGUUAUUGUAGUGUUAGAUGGCACAGCUGGCGUCGAAGCACAAACAAUCACGGUAUGGACACAAGCUGAAAAACAUCGUUUGCCCAAGCUGGUAUUUGUGAAUAAAAUGGAUCGUCCGGACGCAGAUUUCAUGGCCUGCGUGCGUGACUUGUCGCAAAAAUUGGAUGUAAAACCCAUUUGCUUACAGUCGCCAUUGAAGGAUGAUAAGGGAAAUUUGGGUAUAUUGGAUGUAAUCACACAGCAAACGUUCACUUGGAAUACUGAAAGUUUGGGUCGCGAGUAUUCAGCACAGCCACCUUUAGAUGUACAUCUGGCAGAGUUGCAAGAGAAACGUUACACCCUGAUAGAUGAGCUUUCCGGUAUCGAUGAUGAGCUAGCGCAGGUAGUUAUAAAUAGUGAAGGUUUCGAACAAGUCACCAACGAGCUAAUCCAACAAGCCUUGCGACGCUCUGUAGCGCGGCGUAAGGUGGUGCCAGUGCUUGUUGGCUCGGCAUACAAAAAUGUAGGCAUUCAGCUCGUAAUGGAUGCAGUCAUUGAUUAUUUACCAGCACCUCAUGAACGCAGCCAGCUUUACGAUUGUUUUGGUGAAGAUUUUGUCGGCAAAGUUUUUAAAAUUGUGCACGACAAGCAACGUGGUACCUUGACGUUGGUGCGCGUGUUUCGUGGGGAAUUGAAGAAAGGCUCACGUUUGGUUACCACACGCAACACUGCAGAGGCGAUUAGCAAAGUUUAUGAGCCUUUAGCAGAUGAGUACCGGGAAAUUAGUGGAGUGCCAGCAGGAGAUGUAGCAAUAUGUGCUGGCUUGAAGCAUACAGUUACUGGUGAUCUGUUGACGGCAAGUGUCUCCACACUAAAAAGUGCACAAAAGCGUUUAGGAAAAACACUGAAAUUACCUGAAAACCAUGUAACUCCCGAAGAGAGCGAUACUGAUGCUACCCUAGUGAGUGAGAUAUUCGCCACAGAGCCACAAAUACCUGACGCUGUCUACUUUUGCUCCAUCGAACCACCUAGCUUAGCGACUCAGAAUGCCAUGGAGGCAGCGCUAAAGCAAUUGCAGCGCGAAGAUCCCAGCUUGCGUGUGAACUACGACUCUGUUACUGGACAAACAGUACUGGGUGGCAUGGGUGAACUGCAUAUGGAUAUUGUUAAAUCUCGCAUACUCACCGAAUAUAAAAUCGAUGUAGAUCUUGGGCCACUACAAAUUGCCUACAAAGAAACGAUUGAAGAGCCAGCAAUUGAGACUUUUCAGUUAGAAAAGGACAUAGCUGGUAGUAAGCAAAGUGUAAUGAUUACACUGGAGCUGACGCGUGAACAGAAAGAACUAUUUAGCUUAGAUAAAUCCGGCGAGAAUGCUGCAAAUUUAAAUACUGUCCGCCCACGCAUGCUGCAUGUGAUACGUAAAGGUGCGUUAUCGGCCUUGGAACGCGGGCCACGCGUUGGUGGCCAAGUGGUUGAAACACAGAUACGCUUACAUAACAUAACAAUAGGACGUGGUACGGCUGAUUCCUUUGUAAUGGCAGCAGCGGCGCAAUGUGUACAAAAGAUAUUAACCUCAGCUGGCACGCGCUUGCUUGAACCAAUUAUGGCUCUGGAAAUAGUUGCGCCAACGGAACGGAUAUCUGCAAUAAUGGCUGAUUUGACACGUCGUCGCGCCACAAUAAAUGACGUGCGGCCGAAAAGUGAACAAAAUAAGGUUAUAUCCGUUAAUGCACCAUUGGCUGAGUUAUCCGGCUAUUCCAGUGUGUUGCGCACCAUUAGCUCGGGCACUGCGAGCAUGACAAUGCAACCCUGCGGUUUUGCAAAUAUGAAUGCAAACGAUGAGGUGCGUGCAAUAAAAAGAGCGCAAGGAUUUGAAUAAAUUAAUGGAAAAUAUCUGCUUAAAGUUGAGAUUUACAACAAAUACAUAGACAGAUGCCAAUAUUAUUUUUGUAUUAUCUAUAAAUAAGUUUUAAAAAUAUAGCUAUUAACUUAUAAUUACGUAUAUUUACAAAAAAAAAAAAUGUAAAUAAAUAAAACAACAUUAAAUAUUUA